GGUCUCUCUCAGUCUGAGGUUGAUGUUUCAUUAAAGAUUGGGUUUGGGUUUGUGAAUGACUGUGUAUGUGUCCCCUAUCUGUAUUCCUCUCUUAGGAACCACAUGGGUCUCCUACAUUCUAGACCUGCUGUAUUUUGGCCAGAGAGACCCUGAGCAUCAGAGACCCAUCUUUGAGAAAGUUCCUUUUCUGGAGUUGCUCAUUCCUCUUUACCCUCCAGGGGUGGGAGGUGCUGGACAACUUAACCACCUCUCCUCGCCUCAUCAAGACUCACCUCCCAGUUCAGUUGCUUCCCAAGUCCUUCUGGGAGCAGAACUGCAGGAAGUGUAUGUGGCCCGUAAUGCCAAGGACAGUGCUGUGUCUUAUUUCCACUUUGACCGCAUGAACCAGACACAGCCAGAGCCAGGAGACUGGAACAACUUCUUACAGAGAUUCAUGGACGGAAAGAGUGAGUAA